AUGUCCAUGCUUAUCAAAGGUCUCAAAUAUAUUCCACCAUGUCAAAGUCGAUUCUCACGUCAAUCGACUGAUGCUAUUGUCAAUGAACAAUACAAGACGUUACGUACCAUUGUCCAAGGUUGUCUUGAUGAUCAUCGUAUGCAACUUGUCGAACCACGUGAAAAAGAAGGGUUUCCAUCCUUGAAACGUAUCCUCCAUGAACUUCAAUCCAAAAAAUUACCACGUAAACUAGAAAUUCGUACUCGACGUGAACGCAAAGUAGUACGAAGUAUUAUAAAAAUUUUACGUCAACGGCCCGACAUUACUGCUCGUCGAACUGACAAGAGCAAAGUAUUUUAUGUAGGUAAUGCUACAGUUUUUGCCGAGAAAGCAUCAAAAUAUAUGAUCGAAACAGAAGCUUAUCAAGAGAUCUCGAACGAACAUUGUAUUUUAUCGGAAAAUCUCUAUUUGGUUACUAGUCUUCUAGCUUCUCUUUUAAGAAAAGGUGCCAUUAAUCAAGAACAACAUAAGAAAAUGUCUCCGAAAAUUGAUACAUUAGAAUUGGCUCAUCUUCAUUUUAUUCCAAAACCACAUAAACCUGAUACGCCAUUACGACCGAUUGUAGCAGCUAUUCAUGCACCAGCAACAGAAGUGUCCAAAUUUCUUAAUGAUCUAUUAGCCCCUGUAUUUCUACGCGUUGCUCGAAAGACUACUUUUAUUAAUGGUAUUGAUCUUGUUCGAGCAUUAGAAAAAUAUGUUGCCGAUGGUCAUUUAAAACCAACGACCUUGUUUGUUACUUUUGAUGUGGAAAAUCUAUAUACAAUGAUUCCACGGCAAGGUGCUUUAGAGGCAUUAAUGCAAUUUCUCGAGCGACAUUUACGUGACAGGAAAAUUGGAACAUUACACAUAGAUGAUAUCAUGAGAAUGGCUCGCCUUGUAUUGGAUACGAAUGUCUUUGCCUAUGAAAAUAAAUAUUAUCGACAAAUACGUGGUGGAGCUAUGGGAUCCGCCUUUACACAAACAUUAGCUAAUAUUUAUAUGUUAGAUUGGGAACAAAAAUUAAUAGAAUAUCAGCAAGCAGACAAAGAAAUCUAUGGACGGUUAGUUGAAAAUCUUCGCAUGAUAUUUAAUACCACUAAUGAUGUUUCUAUUGUUGUCUUUAGAUAUAUUGAUGAUGUAUUCAUGACAACAAACUUAACAUUCGAUCAAGUUAAACAAAGAUUAGAAAAUGCUCACAGAAAAGAUCCAAAUAUUCGAAUUUCAUAUUCCAUUCAAUCUACGAUUGACUUUCUCGAUGUCACAGUCAGCAAUGAUAAUAGCCAAUUGAAAACAUCCAUCUUUCAUAAGCCAGCCGCUGAACCCUAUAUACUACCUUACACAUCAGAUCAUCCACGACAUGUUUAUCACAAUAUUCCAUACGCUAGUCUCUUAAGAGCUGCUCGAAUCUGCUCGAAUGUUGAAGAUUUUGACAUGGAACGUGUUCGUAUCGAUCUAUCAUUAUUACUAAACGAGUAUCCACCUUCAUUUAUUUCCAAACAUUUUCAUCGAUUCUUCGAACUCAACCAGGCUAUGCCCGUAUUAGCACUGCUCGAUCCACAAGUGUACCGCGAAUUACAUCAAAACCUACUUCAUAAGCCAACAAGAAAAGAAAAACAACUACAAGACACAACCGAAGAUAUUGAUGCUUUACCUGAAGUAUUACGGAAGAAAAAGCCUUGGGAUUCGAAUGUCAUGUAUAUCGAUGAUAUCUUUAUGACCACUAAUUUGUCGCUUGAUCAAAUCAAGAUACGACUCAACAUAGCCGACGAACAAGAUGGAAACAUCCGAAUAACUCAUACAAUUGGUUCAACUGUGGAAUUUCUCGAUGUACUAGUCGAAAAUAAUCAAGGUCAAUUGAGAACUUCAGUAUUUCAUAAAUCAGCAGCUGAACCAUAUAUUCUACCAUUUUUAUCGGAUCAUCCACGUCAUAUUCAUCGCAGUACUGUCAAAUCACAACUACUUCGAGUGGCACGUCUCUGUUCUCACGUAGAAGAUUUCGACAAAGAACGACUGAAUAUUGAAUUCACCUUACUAUUGAAUGAAUACCCACCAAAAUUUGUUACUUAUCAAUUUAAAAACUUUUUUCAUACAAAUAAUGUUUCUUCCUUAAUGGAACAAUUGGAUGAAGUCGUAUAUGGAGAAUUACACAGGCAGGCAUUAUAUCAAGCAACACGUCGAGAAAAACAACAAGAACAAGGACAACUGGAUAUGACAUCCAAUGCCAAUCAACAAGCGAACGCAAAUCAAAAUGAUAUUUUUGUCCAUUUCACUUUCGAAAGUGGUCCAAUGUUAAAUUUCAAGCAAGAAUUAAAGAAUCUCUGGAAAAAAACAUUACAUUGA